UAAACUAAUGUACUUGGUUAUUAUGGUUUUCUAAUCUGGUAUAAACAAAUAGUCAAAGUUGGUUGACGAAAUUCAAGUGAUUCCAAAAAGAUGAGUAUCCAACAGCUCCUAGUUAGUUCCAAACUUUCAAACUUCAGAAACCAGAAUAAAAACCAAUACGUCCCUGCAUAUUAUUAAUAUGUAGUGUUUGAAAAACUGACAACCAUGCUCCUUAUAAUUUGAUUUUAUACUGCUAGUAAUAUAUUGUACUCCAUUGUUUUAUAAUUUGAAGAUAGUGAACAGGGGAGCUCCGAUCCCAAUCGACAUGGCCAAGGUAGUUGGUGGGAUGACAAAGGUUUUGAGGCUGAAUGUUUUGUUUUUAAUCUUGGAAUUGGAGAAUAGAGUUUGAGUAGACCAGAUAACUGAAUAAUUUGAUGUCAAUGCACUCUCUUAUGCCAAAGUGGAACCAGGUCCCUCGAUCAUCUUGGGGAGUCUUCCACAGUCAGUUGCUCCUACGAUCACCGAAACUCAUUUCCCCUGCAUCUGUAUGCCUGAUAUUCACUCUUUCCACCACCAAUCUCAUUCAAGACUAUAUCCGCGAUGGAAACAUAAACGCUGCUCGCAAGCUGUUUGAUGAAAAUCCCGCAUCUUGUAAUACUGUCGCUUGGAACUCCAUGAUCACUGGCCACAUCAGACACAACCAGAUGCAGUCCGCUCAUGACCUAUUCGAUAAAAUGCCCAUGAGAGAUGUCGUUUCAUGGAAUGCCAUGCUGUCCGGUUUGAACAAGAUCAAAGAUCCACACAAACUCCACCAACUGUUCUUGCAAAUGAACAGAGCUGGGGAAAGGCCCAACCAAUUCACAUUUUCAACCAUAAUCAGCGGUUUCUUGAACACGUUUCAUGUCUUGGUUCCGCAGCUUCAUUCUCUCAUUCUUCACUUAGGCCUUCAUUCCAAUGUCUUCGUGGGGUCAGCAUUGAUGAGGGGAUAUACCCAUUUAAUGGAUCGUUCUAGCCUGUGUCGUGUGUUUGAUGACAUCCAUACAAAAGAUAUCAGUACAUGGAACGCAUUGCUAGUAGGUUACAUGGAUUUGGGCUUCAUAGCCGAGGCACAGAUGACCUUUGACAUGAUGCCUGAAGUUAACAUCAUUUCCUGGACCACCUUAGUUGAUGGGUACAUCAAAAACAGAAAUAUCAACCAAGCACGCCACAUGUUCGACAAAAUGCCACAAAAGAACGUGGUCUCCUGGACUGCAAUGAUCAAAGGGUAUGUCCAACAAGAAAACUACACCAAUGCCAUACAACUAUUCAUCUCAAUGCUACAUUCCAACACGUCUCCCAACCAUUUCACUUUUUCAACUCUCCUAGACGCAUGUGCAGGUUGCUCCAUGUUUCUCCUUGGAAACCAGCUUCACUCAUGCAUUUUAAAAUCCGGAUUAUGUCAAGAACUCAUCCUCUCAACCUCCCUCAUCGACAUGUACACCAAAUGUGGGGACAUCAAAUCUGCAUUCACCAUAUUCGACUCCAUGAAAACCAAGAACACAGUUUCAUGGAACUCCAUCAUUGGAGGCUAUGCAAGGCAUGGAUUGGCACACCAAGCUUUAUCCGAAUUCAAGAAAAUGACUGAAAGUGGUAUGAAGCCUGAUCAUGUGACUUACAUCAAUGUACUAUCGGCUUGUGUGCAUGGAGGGCUUGUUGAAGAAGGCGAACACCAUUUUCACUCAAUGGUGGAAAGAUAUGGAAUUGAAGCAGAGAUGAAGCAUUAUACUUGCAUGGUGGAUUUAUAUGGGAAAGCAGGUGAAGUUGAUAAGGCAGUGAGAUUGGUGAAGGAGAUGCCUUUUGAACCUGAUGUGGGUGUGUGGGGUGCAUUGCUUGCUGGUUGUGGAUUGCAUUCAUGUUAUGAGGUUGUAAAUGGGCUUGAAAAUUUAGGAAGAGACUAUUCCAGUAUUUAUAAUAUGUUAAUAAAGAUACAUAGUGAAAAGGGGUCGUGGAGUCGUGCGAUUGAGAUGAGGGACAUGGGGAUUAAAAGAGGUGUUAAGAAGCAAAAGGCUGGUAGCUGGGUUGAGUUUUCCAUUGGUGCCAGCUAAAAAAAACAUGAUAAGAAAUAAUUGUAUAUAUUUUCUUUCAAAAGUCUAUGGUGGAAGCCUUGAAGCAACAACUUUACAAAGAUUUGGAGGGGAUGUUACCAGUGGAAGAUCUAUUAUUGGUUGCAACCAAUCUUCAUGCUCACCGCCCCACUCUUCCAAUUAACCACGACUGAAUGAUGCAUCUUCUUGCAUCUCCAAUUACCGCACAUAUUAGAAGGAAGUUACCCAAAUGAAACCGACAAGUAAAGGAGAUCGAUUGAGAGGGAGAUACUGAGAGGAGAAGACGGAAAACAGGAUGAAGCCACAACCUAUGUCGCUGAUGGCUGGUGCUCAAUGACUUCUUGAAGAUAUUCGAUUCAAGCCUUAUAAACCAACAGUUCUUAACAUAUUUUUUUUGGUCUAUAUAUUUAUUUCUUUCUAUUUUUUCGAAUUUACUUUUUUCAUAUAUUAAUUUUUUGACUAUGCAUAUUAACUGUUUGAUAAAAUGUCUCAACGAACAAACACAACUUAAAGUGUGCUUUGUGGUUGUAAUAGAUCGUUAAGGUUCAUAAAAAUAUAUAUAUGAUGUAUUGUAGGGAGUAGGUGCAACAGUAUGUGUUUAUGGGGUCUUAAGUUAUUUGAAAUUCCAUUUCCCUGAUAA